UAGGAUAUGUAUUCGAAAAUAAACAGUAUAAUAUUAUUUUGCCAUUUAGAAUUUCAAUUUGAAAAAUAUUAUGUAGCAAAGUUUUUCUAUACAUUUUCUCUCUGUACAUAUUUUAUCGCCUAGAUAAAAUGGAGUUGCUUGUGGCAGGAUUUGAUGACAUUAAGUUCAAUGUUGAAAUAGCUUUGGACGAACAACAUGGGGCUCUACCUCUGCCGUUCAAUGGAAUGGACAAAUCUAUCGCUGCAGUUUGUUCAUUUUAUCCAAAAGGCUCCUGUUCCAAAGGAGCUUUAUGUCCAAUGAGACAUGUACGAGGUGAUCGAACUGUUGUUUGUAAACAUUGGUUGCGUGGUUUGUGCAAAAAAGGGGAUCAGUGUGAAUUCUUACAUGAAUACGACAUGACUAAAAUGCCCGAAUGUUAUUUCUAUGCUCGAUUUAAUGCAUGUCAUAACAAAGAAUGUCCAUUUUUACAUAUUGAUCCUGAAAGUAAAUUAAAAGACUGCCCAUGGUAUGAUCGAGGAUUUUGUCGCCAUGGCCCACAUUGUAAACAUAAACAUGUUCGCCGUGUACUUUGUAUGAAUUAUGUUUCUGGAUUUUGUCCAGAUGGUCCAAACUGUAAAUUUGUUCAUCCUAGAUUCGAACUUCCAGCAUAUCAACAAUAUGAUGCUAAUCUAAAAGAUUCAAAAAAACUUGUAGUAAUAUGUCAUUUUUGUGGUGAUACUGGACAUAAAGCUAUGUACUGUCAUAAAAUGGUAUCAGAUCUUGUAAAAAUUAAACCAGAUGGGGAGGUCAAUAAUGAGCCAUUGCCAACAAAUGCUCAAGCAGGAUUUGCUAGAAAAUUGAAACCAUUAGAAGAAGUUACAUGCUAUAAGUGUGGAUUUAAAGGUCAUUAUGCUAACAAGUGUCCCAAGGGGCAUUUAGCAUUUUUGUCUUUGCAACAGAAUCAGGCACUCCAAAACAACCAAGGUGCAUGAUAAAACAAGUGAACUUUUAAACUUUAAUAAAGUGGUAAUUAAUGUUAUUACGUAUUAUUUGUGUAUAUAUUUUUUUAUUUUUUGAGGGACUUAAUUUAAGUACAAUUUAAAAAAGUAAAAUAAUUUUAUUUUGAUCCCUAGUAUUUAUAAAAGAAGAAUCUGACGAAAGAAAAAUAUUAUGAUGGUUUUUUUUCAAACUCAUUUUUAAAUAAAUGUUAAAUCCACUCCUCGAAAUAUGAAUGUGUGAUAAUUUCAUGAAAUCUUAAUUCAUUAGUUUCAUAAUUGAUAUUUUUAUUCUAUAUGAUGUACACUGUAUGAAUGUAAUAGCUAAUAGUAUAUUUCUCAUAUUUUUAUGUUAAAACGAGUUUAAUACAUUAAUUUUUGUUUAAUAAUUUUAUUUGUUUUUAAAUUCAUUUUACUCAUUUUAAAAUAAAAAUAUGAAAAAUUAACUAUUUUUAAGCAACUUACCUAUAUUUUUUAUAAAUUAUAUCAAUUUGCUCUGAUAUUAACUAUAAAUAAAUCAUAGUAAUAAUCUGGUAUUAUAACUACUGUGUUACAUGUGUAUUAAACAGAAAGACAUACAAUUUCCUAUUAAGAUCUACCAUACUGAAUUUUGGUAGGUCUGGUUAGAAAACAACAAUAAGAAAUUACAUUAUAAUACCAAUUACAUUAAUUUUAGUUGUGGACUCCACACUAUACAUUUAUAUACAUUAAAAGCAGUCACCAACAUGGUAACAUGUUUUUAGAAACUACUAGAACUAACUUAUUCUUUCUUUAUUUUUAUAAUUAUGAAAAUAGACUAAAGAAUUGUGCUAAUUAUUAAAAUGUGUUAUUGAAUUAUUAAUGUAUAAGAUUUUAUAAAUUUUUUAUUAUAUGUCAUAUAUAUUAUUAUUUUUUUUUUUAUAAAAAAAUCAAGAUUUAUAAUUAAUAUAUGAAUUAUUAUUGUACAUUUACUUAUAUUAAUAAAAUAAGUACCUACUGUA